UUUCUCCCUCCCAUCCUACCUCGUUAUCCUCAAACCGAGGCGCACGCAGUCCGCUCCGUCCGCGCGCUCGCGCACACACACACACACACACACACACACACACCUGCGGGAGGAGCUGCGCUGCGGAGCGGAGCGCUGCGGGGCGUGAGACCGGCUUCGCUCACACUGAACUUGGGCAUCAUCAUCAUCGGCGCUGGCGGAUAACGCAUCUGCCCGGGACUACAUCCAGCCACGAUGUCCGACUUUAUUUUGACAUUUCUGAGCAUGUCGGGAUUAAUUCUGCUGGUUAAAACGCUCACAGUGACCGGGGCUGAGCAAGCGUGUGACGUGGAGGAGUAUCUGUGUGCUGACGGCCGCAGCUGUGUUUCUGAGAGCUGGCUGUGUGACGGGGAGCUCGACUGCCCCGACGGCUCUGAUGAAACCCCAGCUAUAUGCUUGCGGCAGGUAAAGGUGAAAUGUCCCGUCAAUCACCUCCAAUGCCUCGGCACCCACAGGUGUGUGCAUUUCAGUAAACUCUGCAAUGGAGUACGAGACUGUGAGGAUGGAUACGACGAGGGCGCGCAUUGCCGCGAGUUGGUGCGUAGCUGCAAGGAGCGAAGGUGUCAGUUCGACUGUGUGAUCAUGAGAAACGGGACGGCCUGUUUCUGUGGGGAAGGUUACGAACUGGACGAGGACGGGAGGCAGUGUCGAGAUCAUGAUGAAUGCAGGGAUUAUGGGACAUGCAGUCAAAUCUGUAUGAACACGCAGGGAUCGUACAGAUGCGCUUGCACAGAUGGCUUCAGCCUGCAGGCCAACAGACGAUCCUGCAAAGCCAAAACAGAUCCUGGUGAUAAACCUCCAGUUCUGUUGACAGCAAAUAUGAAUUCUAUAUCAGUUGUUUACCUCAAUGGAUCAUCUAUGCCAAAUCUCAAGUCCAUGGAGACAAAUGGGACUCAAAUAUUGGACUUUAUUUAUAGAGAAGAGUCACUCUGUUGGCUCUCAGUGGCCCAGGAUACAGGUCAGCUGUGGUGUGCCCGCAUGACCAAACUCAAAGGCUUUUCAGAAAAGCACCAGAUACGGAUAGGUCAGAACCUACAAAAUGUGGAGCACAUGGCCAUCGACUGGUUGACAGGAAACUUCUACUUCGUAGACAGAGUGAACGACCGGAUAUUCGUUUGCAGCGAACAGGGAGAUGCAUGUGUUACCAUCAUCGACCUGGACAUCCAGAACCCUAAAGGCCUAGCACUGGAUCCCAUCAUGGGAAAACUCUUUUUCACGGACUACGGGACGAUAGCCAAGGUGGAACGCUGCAAUAUGGAUGGCACCAACCGAACCAGGAUAGUAGAGUAUAAAACCGAACAGCCAACCGCCGUGACACUGGACUUGGUGAGGAAGCUCGUCUAUUGGGCGGACGCUUAUCUGGAUUUUAUCGAAGUCGUGGAUUACAACGGCAAGAACAGACACGCGAUCAUCCAAGGAAACACGGUGUCGCACCUGUACGGAUUAGCGCUCUUUGAAGAUUACCUGUUUGCGACGUGCUCUGAACCCUCCAGAGAGAGCAAGGUGGACAUAUUUAGGAUAAAUCGCUUUAACAGCAGUGACACAAACACCGUUACCACUUUGGAAAGUGCCAGAGCUGUCCGAGUUUAUCACAGAUUGGCUCAACCUACAGUCAGGACUCACGCAUGCAGCCCUGACCCACACGGACGAAAGGGUGGAUGCUCGCAUAUCUGUCUCCUGAGCCACAACUACAAAUCACGCGUGUGCCGCUGCCGGACUGGCCACGUCCUUGCCAGCGACGGGAAGUCAUGCAAAAAACCAAAGAACGAGCUGUUCCUGUUUUACGGAAAAGGACGGCCUGGGGUUAUCAGAGGUCUGGAUAUGAAUAUCAAGUCUGGAGAUGAACAUUUGAUUCAAAUCGAAGGGCUCGUGAGUCCCAGAGCGUUGGAUUUCCAUGCAGAAAGUAGCUACAUCUACUUUGCCGACACCACAAGCUUCCUAAUUGGACGGCAGAAGAUUGACGGAACCGCUCGGGAGACGAUCCUUAAGGACGAGCUAGAUAAUGUUGAGGGUAUUUCGGUGGACUGGAUAGGUAAUAACCUGUUCUGGACAAAUGACGGUUAUAGAAAGACCAUCAGCGUGGCUGGGCUGGACCGGCCCUCGCAGACCAGGAGAACGCUUUUAGAAGGCAAUAUGUCUCAUCCCAGGGCCAUUGUUGUGGAUCCACUAAAUGGAUGGAUGUAUUGGACGGACUGGGAGGAGGAUGAGUUAAUUGACAGCAGAGGAAGGAUAGAGAAGGCCUGGAUGGAUGGAUCUCAGCGUCAGAUCUUCGUCACAUCCAACAUGCUGUGGCCCAAUGGCCUAACUCUGGACCACUCCUCCAGCGUCAUGUACUGGUGUGACGCCUACUAUGACCACAUUGAGAAAAUCUACCUCAAUGGCAGCCACAGAACGGUCAUGUACAGCGGGAAAGAGUUGAAUCAUCCAUUUGGGAUUGCGCAUUUCCAGAAUUACAUAUUCUGGACAGAUUACAUGAACGCCUCAAUAUUCCGUCUGGAUUUGUCGUCCAGUGAUGUUGCUCUAAUGCGGGCAGAAAGACCGCCUCUUGGAAUUCAGGUGUAUGACCACAGAGCCAGAAAGGGUAAUAACCAGUGUUCGGCAAAUCACGGUGGCUGCGGCUCUUCGGCUCUAUGCCUUGCUACGCCUGCAGGUCGCAUAUGCGCCUGCGCAGAUGGCCAGCAUUUGGAGAAAGAUAACGUCACCUGUUCAUCUCCAUCAGAGGUCAGUAAGACAAAGCGCUGCGGCCCGGCAGAGUUUCAGUGCCAGAACCAGCGCUGCAUCCAGCUCUCGUGGAAGUGUGAUGGGGAUGAUGACUGCUCAGACGGCAGCGAUGAAGAUCCGCUCCUCUGCUCCAAUCGCAGCUGCCCAGCGGACCAAUUUAAAUGCCUGAACAACCGCUGUAUCCCGAAGAGAUGGCUGUGUGACGGCACCGACGACUGCGGCAGCAACGAAGAUGAGUCCAACCGCACCUGCUCGGCCCAAACCUGCCAGCCGGGCCAGUUUCCCUGUGAGAAUGGACGCUGCAUCCCAGAGAACUGGCGCUGUGACCGUGAUGAUGACUGCGGGGAUCAGUCGGAUGAGUCUUCGUCAUGUGAUUUCCCAACUUGUGAACCGCUGACCCAGUUUGGCUGUACUAAUGGGAAAUGCAUCAGUGUGAAAUGGCACUGUGAUUCCGAGGAUGACUGCGGGGACGGCAGUGAUGAGGUGGGCUGUGUUCACGCCUGUUCGGUGGCUCAGUUUCAGUGCUCCAGUGGGAAGUGCAUCCCUGAGCACUGGAUGUGUGACGGGGACAAUGACUGCGGUGACCUCAGCGACGAGAACGCCACCUGCUCCAGGACAGCGCUCUCCGCCGUUAGCGACUGCAGCGAGAAAGAGUUCCACUGCCACGGCGACGGAACCUGCGUUCCUGAAAUAUGGCGCUGCGACGGAGAUAAAGACUGUGAAGAUGGUAGCGAUGAAUUUGCCUGUGAGGGAGCCAAGAGAAUGUGUGACCCCAAGGCAAAGUUCACCUGCAAAGUCUCAGGGAAAUGCAUUAGUAAGGACUGGGUGUGCGACGGAGACAUCGACUGCGAGGACCAAUCGGAUGAGGAGGGGUGCGAAGUGUCCGUCUGUAAGCCUCCGAAGUUCCCCUGCGGCAAUGACACGUCUGUGUGCCUCCCGCCAGAGCGAAUCUGUAAUGGCUGGAGGGACUGCACCGACCACUCCGACGAGGGACCCUACUGUGACGAAUGUUUAGUGAGGAAGGGCGGCUGCAGCCACGAGUGCUCGGUUGCGCCGGGUAAAGGGGUCGUGUGUUCUUGUCCGGCGGGGUUCCAGCUGGGUUCGGACGGCCGGACAUGUGAAGUCCUAGAUUACUGCACCAAGCACCUGCGCUGCAGCCAAGUUUGUGAACAGCACAAGAAUACUGUGAAAUGUUCCUGCUAUCCAGGCUGGAGUCUUGGACCUGAUGGAGACAGCUGUUACAGUACAGAUCCUUUUGAGGCGUUCAUCAUUUUUUCCAUCAGGCACGAAAUUCGGCGUAUCAACCUGCAAAGGGGCGACUACAGCCUGUUAGUCCCCGGGCUCAGGAACACCAUCGCUCUGGAUUUCCAUUUCAGCCAGAGCCUGCUAUACUGGACUGACGUCGUAGAGGACAAAAUUUACCGUGGGAAGCUGUCAGAGGGCGGCGGUGUUUCAUCAAUCGAGGUGGUGGUCCAGCAUGGUCUAGCCACUCCAGAAGGCCUUGCUGUUGAUUGGAUAGCAGGAAAUCUCUACUGGAUAGACAGCAACUUGGACCAGAUCGAGGUGUCCAAGCUGAAUGGCGAAUUACGAACCACCCUCAUCGCUGGGGGUAUGGAACACCCUCGGGCCAUCGCCGUGGACCCCGGACAGGGUGCCUUGUUCUGGACCGACUGGGAUGCCACGUUUCCUCGUAUUGAAGGCGCUUCCAUGAGCGGGAAACGGCGUCAUGUGGUUUUCAAGGACAUGGACUCCGGCGCUUGGCCCAACGGAUUGACCUUGGACCACAUGGAGAGCAGGAUAGUAUGGACAGAUGCCCGAUCUGACGCUAUAUACUCUGCUCUGUAUGAUGGAACGGGGAUGAUUGAAAUUCUCAGAGGCCACGAGUUCCUCUCUCACCCGUUCGCCGUGUCUCUCUUUGGUGGGAGUGUUUAUUGGACUGACUGGAGGACCAACACUUUGACAAAAGCUAACAAAUGGACCGCCAACGUGACUGUGAUCCAAAAAACCAGCGCCCAACCCUUCGAUCUGGAAAUAUACCAUCCUAGCAGGCAGCCACAAACUCCUAACCCGUGCGCUGGUAACGGAGGAAGAGGCCCGUGUUCUCACCUCUGCCUUAUAAAUUAUAAUGCUUCUGCAUCUUGCUCCUGUCCGCAUCUCAUGAAACUGUCGGCCAACAACCGAAGCUGCCAAGGUGUGAAGAAGUUUUUGUUAUACGCUCGGAGAUCUGAGAUUCGAGGGGUGGACAUCGACAACCCGUACCUCAACGUCAUCAUGGCCCUCACCGUCCCCGAUAUCGAUGACGUCUCGGCGAUGGAUUACGAUGCCGUAGACGAGAGGAUCUACUGGGCCGAUGUGAAGACCCGGACGAUAAAACGGGCCUUCAUUAACGGAACCAAACUCGAAACCGUCCUGUCUGGAGACCUGUCUAAUGUCCGCGGCCUGGCUAUUGACUGGCUGUCGAGAAACAUGUACUGGAUGAGCUCAGACAACGACGAGACCCACAUUAACGUCGCCCGUCUCGACGGAUCUCUCAAAGCCACCGUCGUUCACGGCAUGGACAAACCCAAGUGUCUCGUCCUGCAUCCAUCUAAAGGGAAGAUGUUCUGGAUGGAUGGGGGCACUAUAAAUAUGGCCAAUAUGGAUGGCAGCAACAUCAAGAUUUUGCACCAGAACCAGAAGGAGCCUGUUGGGCUGUCGAUCGAUUACUCGGCCAACAAGCUUUACUGGAUAAGUUCCGGAAACGGAACUAUUAAUAGGUGUAACCUUGAUGGGAGUGGCCUGGACGUGAUUGACAGCUUGAAAAAAGAGCUCCGGAAAGCCACGGCAUUAGCAGUGAUGGGUGGGAAGUUAUGGUGGGCAGAUGAUGUCCUCGCUCAGCUGGGAACCGUUAACAAGAGAGAUGGGAAAAACCUGACGGUUCUUCGGAAUAAGACCACAGGCGUCGUCCAUAUCAAAGUGUAUGACAAAGACAGUCAGAAAGGUCGCAAUCCUUGUGUACCGAACAACGGUGGUUGUUCCCAGCUUUGCCUUCCCACUUCUGAAACGACUCGGACGUGUUCUUGUACUACAGGCUAUAAUCUUCGUCCCGACCGCUCCACCUGUGAAGGUCUUCAGUCUUUCCUGAUGUACUCCGUUAAUGAGGGUAUAAGAGGACUGUCUCUGGAUCCCAGCGAUAACUCAGAAGUUUUGAUGCCGCUAACUGGCACUCUGUUCGCCGUGGGAUUGGACUAUCAUGCCGGAAAUGAUACAUUGUACUGGACGGACAUGGGCUCUAACAGAAUCUCUAGGUCCAGUCGGGAUCAGACCUGGAGAGAGGACAUCGUCACGAGCGGUCUUGGACGUGUUGAAGGACUAGCGGUGGACUGGAUAGCAGGUAAUAUUUACUGGACGGACCACGGUUUAAAUCUCAUUGAGGUCGCUCGAUUGAAUGGCAUGUACCGUGCCGUGGUGAUAUCUGACGGCCUUGAUCAACCCAGAGCCAUUGCUGUGCACCCGAUGAAAGGGUUUCUCUUCUGGACGGAGUGGGGCCAGAGUCCUACCAUCUCCAGGUCAUGUCUGGAUGGUUCAGAGCAAGCCGUGCUUGUUAGCACCGGACUAGCAAGGCCCAACGGCAUCUCAAUAGACUACCAGGAAAAUAAAUUAUACUGGUGUGAUGCCCGCAACAACAAGAUCGAAAGAAUCAACCUUGAGCGGGGUGAGCAGAGGGAGAUUGUGUUCUCAUCGAGUGGGGUGGAUAUGUUUUCCAUAGCAGUCUUUGGGGCUUACCUCUUCUGGUCUGACAGAGCCUACGCCAAUGGAUCCAUCCGCCGUGCUUCCAAGAAAGACGCCGUGGAUGUAGUGACCAUCAGGAGCGGCUUGGGCGUCAGUCUGAAAGAUGUGAAGGUCUUUAACCAGGAUCGGGAGAAAGGUACGAACACUUGCAGCAGAUCGAAUGGAGGAUGCCAGCAACUUUGUUUUUACUUGGGGAAUAACCGGAAAACUUGUGCUUGCGCGCACGGAUAUCUCGCUCAGGAUGGACUCAGGUGCAACAGGUACGAGGGUUACCUGCUGUACUCCGAAAGGACCGUUUUGAGGAGUAUUCAUCUAUCGGAUGAGAAUAACCUCAACUCGCCGAUAAGGGCGUAUGAGAACCCGAAUUAUUUUAAAAACAUUAUAGCUUUGGCCUUUGAUCAUCGGCAGAAAGCCCAAGGAACCAACAGGAUCUUCUUUAGCGAUGUUCAUUAUGGGAAUAUACAAGUCAUCAACGACGACUGGACAGGAAGACGCGUCAUUGCUGAGAAUGUUGGUUCUGUGGAGGGACUGGCGUACCACCGUGGAUGGGACGUCCUGUACUGGACGAGCUCCACCACGGCCACCGUCACCCGCCACAGCAUCGACCAGACCAGACCAAACGUCUUCGACCGAGACACGGUGGUCUCCCUGUCUGAGGAGGACCACCCACACGUCCUCACUCUAGACGAAUGUCAGAACUUGAUGUUCUGGACGAACUGGAAUGAGCAGAAGCCGAGCAUCAUGAGGUCGUCUUUAACCGGCCGCAACGUCCGCGUCAUUGUUAGCGUGGAUGUCAUCACCCCUAAUGGACUCACCAUCGACCACAAAGCCGAAAAGCUAUAUUUUUCCGACGGCAGCCUCGGCCACAUCGAGAGGUGUGAUUACGACGGCUCACACAGAUACGUCAUUGUGAAAUCAGGACCCGGAACGUUCUUUGGCUUGGCAAUUUACAGAGACUUCAUCUUCUGGUCCGACUGGACACGGCGGGCUGUGAUCCGCUCUGAUAAGUUCACCGGAGCCAAUACGAAAGUCCUCCGCGCAGACAUCCCUCAUCAACCGAUGGGAAUCAUUGCUGUUUCCAAUGACACCAACAGCUGUGAGUCAUCCCCAUGCAGCGUGAAUAAUGGAGGGUGCCAUGACCUUUGCCUUUUGACUCCACUUGGUGUGGUAAACUGUACUUGUCGUGGAGAACGGGUAUUACUGGAUGACAACAGAUGUGUAUCCAUGAACUCUUCCUGUAACAUCCACUCUGAGUUCCAGUGCGGAAACGGGGAAUGCAUCGAUUACCAACUGACAUGUGACGGCAUCGCGCACUGCAAAGACAGGUCGGAUGAGAAGAUGCAGUAUUGCGAGAACCGGAACUGCAGACACGGCUUUAAAUCGUGCUAUAACCAGCGCUGUGUGGCCAACCAUCGAUUCUGUAAUGGAGUGAAUGAUUGCGGGGAUAACUCGGAUGAAGUUUACUGUAACAAUUCCUCGUGUUCGUCCUCUGAGCGAUGGUGUGCAGACGGCGCCUGUAUUCCUGCAUCAUCCUGGUGUAAUCAGAUCAUCGAUUGCGCUGACGCAUCGGACGAGAAAAGCUGUAAUAGCACAGACUGCAUGGAAUACUACAGACUGGGUUCUCGCGCCAGCGACAGCGAGAGGUUUCUAAGCUGCAAUUCCACAUCGCUGUGUGUUCAUCCCUCCUGGAUCUGCGAUGGAGCCAACGACUGUGGGGAUUACGCAGACGAAAUACACUGCCACGCUUCAGUCCAUACCUGUGAGGACGGCCAUUUUGCGUGUCCCAGUGGAAACUGCAUCUCCAGCGUCUGGUUGUGUGAUGGACAAAAAGACUGCGAGGACGGAGCGGAUGAAUUUCAAUGCGAUUCGUCGUGCCUUUGGAAUCAGUUCGCCUGCUCGAAAAACAAGUGCAUCGCCAAACAGUGGCUUUGUGACGGGGAGAACGACUGCGGUGACGGAUUGGAUGAAAGCGAGGAAAUUUGCGGUUCGGCGACGUGCGCCCCCGGUUUGUUCAGUUGCCCAGGAUCGUAUGCCUGUGUACCCAGGAACUGGUUAUGUGACGGAGAGAGAGACUGUCCCGAUGGUAGCGAUGAAUUAGCGGUAGCUGGCUGUGCUCCGAACAACACGUGCACCGAGAGCACGUUCCAGUGCCGGAACCAGAACUGCGUCCCGCGUCGUUUCGUGUGUGACCAUGACGACGACUGCGGAGAUGGUUCUGACGAGUCUCUGGAAUGCGAAUAUCGCUUAUGCAAAGAGGAGGAGUUCCGCUGCGCAGAUGGGCGGUGUUUAUUGAGAGCCCAAUGGGAGUGUGACGGCUUCCCCGACUGUCUGGACCAAUCAGACGAGCUGCCACUCAACCCGAAGUGUUCCGCUGCAGAAAGUUUGUGCAACGGUUCGGUUUUCAUGUGCGCAAACGGCCGCUGCGUUCCGCUGGGCAGCGUGUGCAAUCAGCACGACGACUGCGGCGACCGAUCCGACGAGAGGAACUGCCACGUUAACGAGUGUCUGAACCGUAAAGUCAGCGGAUGCACCCAGGACUGCCAAGACCUACCCGUGGGAUACAAGUGUACUUGUUGGCCGGGGUUUCGCCUGAAAAACGACGGCAGGACUUGCAUCGACGUGGACGAAUGUUCAGAGAACUUUCCCUGCAGUCACCAGUGCAUCAACACCUACGGGUCUUUUCACUGCCUGUGUGCCGACGGGUACCAGCGUCCCGCCAGUAACCCGCACAGCUGCAGGUCUCUCUCAGUGGAGGAGCCUUUUCUUAUUCUUGCUGACCAUCACGAAAUCCGAAAAAUCAGUCUGGAUGGAUCAAACUACACGCUUCUGAAACAGGGACUCAGUAAUGUCAUCUCUCUAGACUUUGACUACAGGAAGGAGUUGAUCUAUUGGAUUGACACUAGCAGGCCCAGCGGACGCAGAAUCAACAGAAUGCGCCUGAAUGGAAGUGACCUCAAGGUGGUUCACAGAACGUCGGUCCCCAGCGCUCUCGCUGUGGACUGGAUCGGCAAGAACUUGUACUGGUGUGACGGAGAGAGAAAGACCCUGGAGGUGGCGAAAGCUAAUGGACUCUACCCGACUGUACUGCUGAGGACUGGAUUGAGGAAUCCAACCACUCUUGCCCUCGACACUCACAUGGGAUAUGUGUUCUGGAUCGACUGCUGCGAGCAGCCCCAAAUUGGACGGAUCGGAAUGGACGGCAGCAAGCCUCGUGUCAUAAUCGAUACAGAAAUACGUGCUCCAGCCUUGACUGUUGACCACAUCAACAAAAGGAUCUACUGGGCUGACGAGAACCAUAUCUUGUUUUCGAACAUGGAUGGUACAAAAAGACACAAAGUCCCUAUUAAGGACAUAGGUGGCGUAACCGGCCUCACACUCUUUGAGGACUUCAUCUACUGGAGCGACCAGAAGUCGAAAACCCUCAGUCGUUCACACAAGACGUCCGGCGGCCAACAUACAGAACUCCUUAGUUCCUGGCAAACCAUUCGAGACAUUAAAGUCUACCAUCCACUCCGACAACCUGAUGUGCCAAAGCAUCAGUGUCAGGUGACUAAUGGAGGGUGCAGUCACCUAUGCCUUCUUUCCCCUGGUGGGGGAUACAAGUGCGCUUGCCCUACACACUUCUACCUGGCAAACGACAACAAAACCUGUCUCUCUAACUGCACCGCCAGCCAGUUCCGCUGUGGUACGGAUGAGUGUAUUCCCUUCUGGUGGAAGUGCGACACUGUGGACGACUGCGGAGAUGGAUCUGAUGAACCGGCAGAUUGCCCGGAGUUUAAAUGCCAGCCCGGAAGGUUCCAGUGUGGAACGGGUUUGUGUGCCCUCCCUCCCUUCAUCUGCGAUGGAGAGAACGACUGCGGAGACAACUCUGAUGAAGCCAACUGUGACUCAUACAUCUGUCUGUCUGGCCAGUUUAAGUGCACUCACCGGCAAAAAUGCAUCCCUAUAAACCUGCGCUGUAACGGACAAGACGACUGUGGAGACGGUGAAGAUGAAACCGAUUGCCCCGAGAACACUUGCUCGCCGUCCCAGUUUCAGUGCAAGACCACAAUGCACUGCAUCUCCAAGCUGUGGGUGUGCGACGAGGACCCCGACUGCGCCGACGGCUCGGACGAGGCCAACUGCGAUGAAAAGACGUGCGGGCCGCAUGAAUUUCGCUGCAAGGACAACAACUGCAUACCGGACCACUGGAGGUGUGACGGCCAGAGCGACUGUAGCGACAAUUCAGACGAGGAGAACUGCAAGCCGGUAACGUGCAAUUCGAAAAAUUUCAUCUGCGCCAACGGAGAGUGCAUCUCGUCGCGUUUCCGCUGCGACGGCGACUUCGACUGCACCGAUAACUCCGACGAGAGAGGCUGCGAGAGCCACUGCUCCGAGGAUCAGUUCCAGUGCCUGAAUCAUCUCUGUAUCUCAGUCAAAUGGCUCUGUGAUGGACAGGAAGACUGCAAAACCGGGGAAGAUGAGGCCAACUGCAGCCCUGCCAACACUGCUAUGACAGCUCGGCCGACGUCGUGCGCUCAGAACGAGUAUGUGUGUGUUGGAGGAGGCUGUGUGUCGGCCGCUCAGCGAUGCGACGGACAAAACGACUGCUCAGACGGGUCUGAUGAGGUGGACUGUAUCCGGGACUGUAAGGAGGACGAGUUCCUGUGUCGGAAUCGAGCACACUGUGUUCCCUCCCGCUGGAGAUGUGACGGAGUCUCCGACUGCCUGGAUCAAAGUGACGAGGACAACUGUGAUCAGGGCUCGUUGGUUUGCCGCGCGGACGAGUUUGUUUGUAACAACACUCUGUGUAAGCUGCUGGUCUGGCUGUGCGACGGGGAGGAUGACUGCGGAGACAACUCAGACGAAGAUUCAAACAUGUGUGGAAAGUUGCCAUGUCCUCCAAACAGACCGUUCCGCUGCAGGAACGACAGAGUGUGUCUCCGGAGCGAACAAAUCUGCAACGGAGCGAACGACUGCGGAGACGGUUCAGACGAAGGAGACUGUGCGGAGGUGAUGAAAAGGCAGAGGCCGUGCGGAAAGACCGAAUUCUCCUGUGCCAAUCACCGCUGCAUCCCGGCCGAGCUCCAGUGCGACUUCUUCGACGAUUGCGAAGACGGCGGAUCGGACGAGCGCGACUGCAAGGCAUAUUCUGUGGAUGGUGCGUGUCGAGGACGGGCCGAUUUGUGCGGAGACGACGCUUUCUGCAACCACACCAAGACACCUUCAGUCUGCCAGUGCAAACAUGGCUUUCAGAGGAACCCAAAAAACAAGCAAUGCGAAGAGGUGAACGAGUGUCUGCGGUUCGGGAGCUGCUCGCAGUACUGCACCAACACCAAGGGCUCGUACAAGUGCACUUGUGACCGGAACUUCAAGGAGAUCGAUGGGGAAUGCAUCACAAAGGGACCAGAAGAUCAGGUCCUGUACGUGGCCAACGACACUGAAAUUCGCAGCUUUGUGUAUCCCUACAACCAAACCCAUGGACACACUCAACUGGCCCGAAUCUCGGACAGCGCUCGGAUCAUCGGCCUGGACGCUUUAUUCCACCACCACAAGUUUGUGUGGGCCACUCAGUUUAACCCGGGGGUCUUUUACAAAGACCUCCAGGACAGGAGCCCAAUCACAUCAACCAGUGGAGUCAUAUGUCCAGACUUCCGGAGGCCCCGGGACAUCUCGGCCGAUUGGGUGACGGGGAACCUGUACUGGACGGAUCACUCCCGGAUGCACUGGUUCAGCUAUUACACGGCACACUGGCGCCGACUUCGCUACUCCAUCAACGUGGGACAGCUGGGGGGUCCCAACUGCACCCGGCUCAUCACAGACAUCGACGGGGAGCCUUUCGCUAUUACCGUUAACCCUGUACGCGGGAUGGUCUACUGGACUGUGAUUGGUGACCACUCUCACAUUGAAGAGGCCGCCAUGGACGGGUCCUUGCGGCGCGUUUUACUGGAGAGGAACCUGCGUAGACCGACCGGACUCGCAAUUGAUUAUUACAACCAGCGGCUGUACUGGUCAGACUCUGAGCUGUCUCAGAUCGGGAGCGUGCGUUUCGACGGCUCCGAUCCGCUGGUGGCUGCUAGCAGUCGAGAUGGAAUUUCUCAGCCCUUCCGGAUCGACCUGUUUGAGGACUACAUCUACGGGGUCGGCGCGAAGCACGACGUCUUCAGGGUUCAUAAAUAUGGGAAGUGGCCCGCCGAGAAGCUCAGUCUGGGUGUGGAGAGAGCGUCCAGCGUCCUGGUCUUCCAUCGGUACAAACAGCAGGAGGUGUCCAACCCAUGUGCAAAGAUGAAUUGUGCUUUCCUUUGCCUCCUGAACCCCAGCGGGGCCAGAUGUGUGUGUCCUGAGGGGAAAAUUCUGCUGAACAGGACCUGCACGGACACCAACAUCUCAGGAGACCUGUGUCACCCGGCCUGUGAGAACGGAGGUCGCUGUGUCACUAAUGAACGAGGGGAAACGCGCUGCUUCUGCUGGCCCAACUACUCCGGGGAGCGCUGCGAGAUCAGCCACUGCAAGGACCACUGCCUCAACGGAGCCACCUGCACGGGAUCUCCACUAGGAAAGCCCACGUGUCGCUGCGCUCUGGGCUUCACUGGUCCUCUGUGUGAGAAGCGUGUUUGUGACGGUUACUGUCUGAACGGAGGCACGUGUGACAUGACCCUGGGGAACCAGCCUGUGUGCCACUGUCUGGCAGAAUACACCGGAGAACGCUGUCUACACCAUAUUUGUCACCAUUAUUGCGUGAACUCCAAAGGCUGCACGCUGUCAGGCUCAGGACACGUGGAGUGUGUGUGUCCCACCCGCUACGAGGGGCCCAAAUGUGAGACGGACCGGUGUCUCCGCUGCCGAGGGGCCCCGUGUAUCGUAGACGAAGAGACGGGGGACGUCGCCUGCAACUGUACGAACGGCAGAAUCGCGGCCAGCUGUCAGUUGUGUGACGGAUACUGUUAUAACGGAGGAACCUGUCACCUCGACUCCGAGACGGGCCUGCCGUUCUGUCAUUGCCCGUCCGAGUUUAAAAGCCCGAGAUGUGACGAGAGAGCUAACCCGUGCGAUCACUACUGUCAGAACCGGGGCGUUUGUUCCCUCACCGCCUAUAACAAACCUCGCUGCAAGUGCUCUGCAAACUGGUCGGGAACGCAGUGCGAAAGACCCGCGACCAAGACCAGCCGCUCAGAAAACUUCAGCGGGAGAAGUAUUGCCAUAAUAGUGCCUCUAGUUCUUCUUGUAUGCAUUAUCGCCGCCGUUGCGGUGGGACUCCUUAUUUGCAAAAGAUGUCGAAGAGGUAAGCAGGUUCAGCGGCAGCCCAUGGCGAAUGGUGGCUUGAACGUGGAGAUCGGGAAUCCGUCCUACAACAUGUACGAAGUUGACCACGACAAUCACGUAGAUGUGGGAAGCUUUCUUCACCCCAGCUUCACACUUGACCCUCAUAAGGGCUGGUGUGUGAAGUCAAGCGACCCGCGCAAUUUACCCCCCGCGCGCCCGAUGACUGCACACACUUUACCCAUCCAGAACGUCCCAAAGGAGCUCAUUCCAGGACAGGCCAUGAACUACUCAAACCGCAUCUAUUCAAAGAUGACAUACCACGACGGACAGCACUGUCGAAAACCAGUCAUCAACCUCGACAUGAGACGCGACUUACUCCCAAAGAGACUGGAAACGACCAUUCGAGAAACGGCCGCAUAACCUAGCUUUUUGUUUUGUUUUGUUUUUUAUAAAGAUCUGUAUAAAAUGUAUACAAAAACAAAUACUUUUUAUGUCCAGUCAGGUUAAAUCAUCUACUUUUCAUCCCACAUAUAUGUGCCGGUUUUCGUUUUAGUUUAUUUCAUUGCAACCAAAAUGUUUUUAUAUAUAUAU